AAAGGCAGCCAGUCUAUCUGACCGUCAGAAGAGGAGACAGCAAAUCCCCAGCAGAACAGGGCCGAUGGCAAUGACUUCUGCUUAUGCUGUGGAUUCUGAUCAAGUCCUUGAAAGAAAACGAAAAGCUCUUCUAGAUCAGCGCCAUCUAGAGACAUACUACAGAAUACACCACUUGAGAGACAUGCUUUCAUGUCAGUAUGCUACAUUACUGAGGGAAAAAGUUCAAAGACAAAGGCAAGAGAUGAAGCCCCUUGAUUCAGAUAAUUCCAGACUCGGGGAAGGGAAUAAAGAGAAGACGUUUGUCACCAUUCAGAGGGUCACCAGAUCAACCCUCACACACAAGGACGCAUACUUGAGGUGUUUACCUAAAACAUACCACUACCUGGUUCUGGAACUGCAGAAACAGCUGACCCGACUCGGGUAUCUUCAGAGCCGCAGGGAGCAUGAGGUGUUCAAGGUCUGGGUGGAACAACACAGAAGCACAAGUCAACUAGAGAAGCAACUACAGGCCAUUGGCAAUGCAGAGAACAGCAGUAAUUCCAGCCCAGACGUGACUCUUAAGGACCUGCUAAAACAGAAGUCUGGAUCUCUACCGAAACUUCAGUUCACACCUGAUGACUCCACAGCACAACAGGAACAUAUGCCAGUCUCAAGAGGGGGUGGAGGAGGGGUGAAUGCUUUCCAACUGCAGGGCAAACAGACCUGGGGACAAGACGAAACUGAGCUCAUGUUUCCUGAAGUCUUCACUCGGGAGCUCAAAGUGCCAAAGUUUUUCACUCUGCAGUCCACCUUCCUGGAAAAAGUCAGCUCCAACUUGCUUUUUAGGAGAACCCAUGAGCCACUGAUCAAGUCAAAGACUUCUGACAUUACCCACAAAAUGAGAUUAAUGCACAACCUCUCGCUUUCUCACGUGGCUGACACCCAGAGCAGAAUCAUGGCAAAAAAUGGAAAAUGGAGCUUACAAUGCACAGAUGGUUUCAGCAUCAAUGAAUUGGAGAUGAAGCAUGAAAGUUCUCACAAUGUCCAAAUUCGAAAGACCAGAUGCCCUGCAGAGUCUGACCCUACAGUACACCAGAUUGAUCAGAGUAAACCUGAGAACCCAGCAUCCUUAAGUGAACGUUCAAAUGCACAUUUCUCACCAAGUUUCCAGCCAGCUGGGAAACGCACAGAGGAAUCCCCAUCUAGUUGUGCUGGAGAUCCUCAUUUAUCAUAUACAGAUGUGCCUCUAUGCUUAUCUGACAUCUGUACUGGUCAUGUUGUUGAGGUGGAAAACUGUGACGUGAAAAUGUGGACAAAUUAUACAUAGACCACUGUGAUGAUCUGUAACUUUAAUGCUGUUAAGAGAAUGGGGAAAAU